ACGCAGCUCCGCCAGCAGCGGUGGGGCUGGGGCAGCUCUCACGGCCAGCCCGGCCUCUCCACUCCAGUUCAGUCGUGCUUCUUGAACAGCCCACGUGUGUGUGUGGGACCACGCUCGGGCUGGCACGUCGGCCAGCGCCAGCUCUGAGAAGUGCCAGCUUAGCGCCAGCUGCCGCGUCAGACCGAAAUAGCCUGUCCUCGGGAGCCCUCCCAGCAGUGAGUGCUGGAACCACGGCUUGACAGGUGCCUGUUGGGGCUGGGCUCCUGCGGGCUCCAGCAGUGCCCUCCUGCUCGCCCUCCUGCCGUAUUUUGCAGCACUGGGACCGACUGCCAGCAAACCGCCUGCGAAGAUCCCACCUGAACUGGGAAGAUUUGCGGUGAAACCCGAACCGCCGCUGAGCUGCAGCUCCCCUUUCUCCCCCGGCCACGGAGAGGUGCCUGUCCCCGCCAGCUCUGUGCCCUGGAGAUGGCAGCACCCAAGGUGGCAGUGGUGGGCGCAGGGCUCAUCGGCCUGUCCACAGCGCUCUGCAUCUCCGAGGCUUUCCCCAGCUGCCGCCUCAGCGUCCUUUCGGAGCAGUUCAGCCCCAACACGACGGGCGAUGUGGCAGCCGGGAUGCUCAUCCCUCACACUUACCCAGGCACGCCGAUCCACGUGCAGAAGCAGUGGUUCAAAGAGACCUUCACGUACCUUUUUGCCAUCAGCAACUCGGCUGAGGCAUCAGAGGCUGGCAUCCACCUGGUCUCUGGCUGGCAGGUGUUUAAAACCCCUCCCAAAGACGAGGUGCCUUUCUGGUCUGACAUCGUCCUGGGGUUUCGACCGAUGUCCGCAGCAGAGCUGCAGAAGUUCCCACAGCACAGAUCCGGCCAGGCCUUCACGACGCUGAAGUGCGACUGCCCACCCUACCUGCUGUGGCUGGAGAAGAGGCUGAGAGCAAACGGUGUCCAGGUGCAUACCAGAAAAGUUGCAGACUUAUGGGAGCUGCACAGGGAGUACGACAUUGUGGUCAACUGCACGGGCAUUGGAGCCCACCAGCUCGUGGGGGACCCGGAGCUGCUCCCCGUCAGGGGACAGGUUCUCAAGGUGCACGCUCCUUGGGUGAAACACUUCAUCCGGGACGGGGACGGCUCGACUUACGUCUACCCGGGGAUACACAGCGUAACCCUGGGGGGAACCAGGGAGAAGGGGAGCUGGAGUCUCUCCCCUGACCCUGGCACUACCAAGGACAUCUUUGACAGAUGUUGCUCUCUUGAGCCCUCCCUGCAGCGAGCUCAGGAUAUCAGGGUGAAGGUGGGCUUAAGGCCAUCCAGGUCGUCUGUGAGACUGCAGAGAGAGGUCCUGAGCCGGGGAGGAGCAAAGCUCCUGGUGGUCCACAGCUACGGGCACGGGGCAGGUGGCUUUUCGGUGCACAGAGGCACAGCCAAAGAGGCCGCCCGCCUGGUGGGAGAGUGCAUUGCUGCCCUGCAGGGCUCCUCAUCGAGGGCCAAACUUUGAGUCCCUGAGCCUCCUUUCCCAUUUAUGACAGGCUAAGGUAGCAUUUCCUACUCCUCUGGGCUUUGAUUCCAUCACUGGAGAGAAGAAACCUAAAUCAACAGCUUGUGCCAUUGCAGAUGCUCGGUGGUAUCUCACCUGGCUUCCAGCAGCCCCCUUGGAAAGGUGUGAUGGGUCAAUCCAAGUAUUAGUCCAGCUGUCCAUCUCCUCCAUCUAUUGUUCCUGCCCUGGGGAUUUCUUCUAGCUUUGUACCCAGGAGGAUGCGAGAUACGUAGAUAUCCUUCAUAUAGGAGGAAUCAGAUUGCUUCAGUAUGGUAUAAAUAACAUAGAUUAUUUCUUCGUCUGCCUGGAAAGGCUAUUGGAUGCACUAGGUUCAGAUUCAGUAAAAAAUAGUUCUCUCCUGUUAUACCAAAUCUAAUCUAGUAUUGUCCUCUCUCCUGCCACCUUGCUGACAAACUUUACCGUUAUCCCUAUGAUUUAAAAUAAAAAGGAAACCUGCCUAGGGCUGCAUUACAGUGCUCCAGGUCGGCUCCCACAGAAAACAAUACUAGGCCACUCAUGCACACCGACCAGACAAGCAUGAUUUUAAGAGCAGGUUAAAUACCUUUUGUAUCUUGACAUUUCUUUGAGAGGAAGUUGCUCAUGUGAACUCAUGUGAACUACAUCAUCUUUCACACUUGUUUGCAACUCUUCUAUUCCAUGUACCACAGAUAUUGCUCUCAAACACAGAUAUUUUCUUCACCCCAACAGCAGCAUUGACAUGCCCUGUAUCCUAAGGAAGAGAAUUUUUCAGGGUGGGCUUGGCAGUGCAAACAUUUCUUUUCUACUUCUCGUCAGCACUUGCAGUUUCCUUGUAACAGCUCAUAUAAAUAAACCAGUGACAAACCAGGAAGAAUCUUAGCACCAACUGCAGUUGCACAGGGGAGAGAAGAGCAAUUUAACUCUAGAUAAACACCGUAAAGACAAAUU